GGGAAGCAGCGGCAGCAGCGAUAGUGUGUUUUCACUUCGUACUUUCCUCACAAACAACAUGAGCCGUGCGGGGUUGUGGGACUAGCAAACAGCGUCUGAGUCAACAAUUUGGGUUUGAGCGUCGCUUUUCGAGCUGAGAGGAUGAAGUGGAGGAAUCCUGGCAGUUUGUGGAGUUUGUAGCAACAGAAGAAUCAGCGACACUGGCAGCCUUUCCAGCUCCUGUUUGACACCUCCGUCUGCAGCGGAGCUCACCAUGAGUUAGAAGGCAUCUGAAGCCAUCGCCACAGCUGCCUUCCCCUCCAACUGCAGCACUGUGUCUGGAGACAGCAGAAUCACUCGCCCUGCUUCAUGAGCCAGCAGGAUGCGGCUGAGGUCCUCGCACUCUCCGAGCGCCUCCUCAUAGCUUCUCACAAGGGACAAGCUGACAAUGUGGUCCAGCUUAUCAACAAGGGUGCAAAGGUAGCAGUCACCAAGUAUGGCAGAAGCCCGCUGCACUUGGCUGCCUACAAAGGCCACAUUGAGGUUGUGCGUAUCCUGCUCAAAGCUGGCUGCGACCUGGACAUCCAAGACGACGGGGAGCAGACGGCGUUACACCGGGCUGCCAUGGUGGGAAACAGUGAUGUUAUCAGCGCUCUCAUCCAGGAAGGGUGUGCACUGGACAGACAGGACAAGGAUGGCAACACUGCUCUCCAUGAAGUGUCCUGGCAUGGCUUCAGCCAGUCCGUCAAACUGCUGGUGAAAGCUGGAGCCAACGUUCAUGCAAAAAACAAGGCAGGAAACACAGCUCUCCACCUCGCAUGUCAGAACGGUCAUACUCAGAGUUCCAAGGUCCUGCUCCUUGGAGGCUCCAGGCCUGACAGCAAGAACCAUGGAGGAGAUACGUGUCUGCAUGUGGCAGCCCGCUACAACCAUGUAGCCAUGAUCCGCAUCCUGCUGGGAGCCUUUAGCUCUGUUUCAGAGAAGAACCUGACUGGGGACACACCACUACAUGUGGCAGCUGCUCUGAAUCAUAAGAAAACAGUACGCCUGCUGCUGGAGGCGGGGGGAGACAGCCGCAUCUGCAACAAUGCAGGUGAAACAGCUUUGGAUCAGGCCAGAGAACACAACAACCCAGAAGUGGCUCUUCUCCUAACCAAAGCUCCCCAGGUGCAGAGCUUUCUGCGUGGAAGGAGUGUGAGGAAGAGGAGAGACAAGCUGAAGGCAGAGGGCAGAGCUCAGUCAGUGCCCAGAGAUGGGAUGGUGCCCUGUAAGGACAACACAUCUGCUGCAGAUGACACCCAGAGCAGUGACCGAGCCGCCUGCAAACACACUGAGGUGACAGAGUCAAACACCAGGAGGGGAAAGAACAGGAAGCAGAGAGAAAAGCCAUUUCUGUCUGACCCCCUCCGCCGCAGAGAGACCAGACACAGCGAAGCCUUUCAGAAGAGGAAAAGUAAACUGCGAGGAGCCUCUCCUCAUGCAUCCAUCCCUCCACAUAACUUUAAAGCGUACCAGCUGUACACACUGUACCGCGGCAAGGAUGGCAAGAUCAUGCAGGCUCCUCUGAAUGGCUGCCGCUGUGAACCUCUCAUCAAUAAAUUGGAAAACCAGCUCGAGGCCACAAAGGAGGAGAUGAAGACCGAGAUCCACACUGUCCAAGACCUAAUGAACAGCAAGAUUGGUCAGCUGGACCGCAAGAACAAACAGCAGAGUGAGGUGUUUCACUAUGGGAAUCGCCUUGGCGUGAACAACUGCGGAAGCUCCAAUGACAUCACGUCUGUCGGCGACAGACUGGUCGAGCCGUGCUCGGAGACCCGCCCCCUGCUUGGCCUGCGCUUAGGAGGAGGGGCCCGGGAAACAAACAGCUGA